AUGAGCGCGCGGAGGGAGGAGCGACUCACGCGCCUCUCUUCACUUCGCUUCACGUCCCAGUAAGAAGAAGAAGAAGGAGGAGAAGAAGAGGAAGAAGAAGAAGGAGAAGGAGAAAGCGAGCACAGACACACGCACACACACAUAUAGACACACACACAGACACACUGACUUUCGAUCUCUCUGCUACGUUUAUUUCACACACCGAAGUGUCGGCACGCCGCACCCUGAGCCUCGCGAGAUAGAAUACAGCGCACUCUCUCUCUCUCUCUGGAUACGGGGACGGAACACACACACACACACACACACACACACACUUACACUUCCCUAUAACCUCUUGUCUUAGAGUCGUCCUUGCUGGGAAAACACUCGGAUCUUCUUCACGCGACAUGUGUUUUUCCCACUGUUGGAGAACCUUACACAGAAUUCUACUGGUUGAAGAUCACAUUUGAGCUGCCUUUUAGACGAACAAGCACUCAGAGCAUCCCGGAGAGCAGAAAUAGGGUGCUUGUGAGACGUCCCAAAGGAUCCCAUCUAGAGAAAACAGACAAGCAGACGCACAUCUCAGAACCACACUGGUAGCGUCUCAUGGUAUUGGUGGUCAGUGUUGCAGCGAGCGUGGUGAUUGGUCGCUGAUCGUGGCUCCUCAGAGCUGUGGGAUGUCCGUCUGACUCAGAGAGGCGAAUGACAGGCAUCCGUCCGCAGGUGGGGCCCGCCUCAGUCUCACAUGAUUGGCUGCUGGAUGGAAUUAAGGUGAAUGGAACACAUGCCCAAGGAGCAGGACCUUAACCAAUCAGAGAGAGAAGAGAAACGGUGGCUCAAUGGCCCAAAAAGGAAGAGGAAGAAUAGUCAGUGUUCGGUGAAGAGCAUGUCAGGGUACAUCCCAAGUUAUCUAGAGAAGGAUGAGCCGUGUGUGGUGUGUGGAGACAAAGCCACUGGCUAUCACUACCGCUGUAUAACCUGCGAGGGCUGCAAGGGUUUCUUCCGGCGCACCAUCCAGAAGAACCUGCACCCGUCGUAUUCCUGCAAGUACGAUGGCUGCUGCAUCAUCGACAAGAUCACACGCAACCAGUGCCAGCUGUGCCGCUUCAAGAAAUGCAUCGCAGUGGGCAUGGCCAUGGACUUGGUUUUGGACGAGGCGAAGCGAGUGGCCAAGCGACGUCUCAUUGAGGAGAACCGGGAGAAGAGGAAGAAGGAGGAGAUGGUGAAGACGCUGCAGAACCGGCCCGAGCCCACGGGUACCGAAUGGGAGCUGAUCCGCAUCGUGACCGAGGCUCACCGCCACACUAACGCCCAGGGCUCACACUGGAAACAGAAACGCAAGUUCCUGCCUGAAGACAUUGGCCAGUCGCCUGUAGCCCCCACAUCAGACGGGGAUAAAGUCGACCUGGAAGCCUUCAGCGAGUUUACCAAGAUCAUCACGCCAGCCAUCACCCGCGUCGUCGACUUUGCCAAAAAACUGCCCAUGUUUUCAGAGCUGCCUUGUGAGGAUCAGAUCAUCCUGCUGAAGGGCUGCUGUAUGGAGAUCAUGUCUCUGCGGGCGGCGGUGAGGUACGACCCCGAGAGCGAGACUCUGACGCUAAACGGAGAGAUGGCCGUGAAGAGAGAGCAGCUGAAGAACGGCGGCCUGGGCGUGGUCUCUGACGCCAUCUUCGACCUGGGCAAGUGCCUGGCGCAGUUCAACCUAGACGACACGGAGGUGGCGCUGCUGCAGGCCGUGCUGCUCAUGAGCUCAGACCGCUCAGGUUUGACGUGUGUGGAGAAGAUCGAGAAGUGCCAGGAGACGUACCUGCUGGCGUUCGAGCACUACAUCAACUAUCGCAAGCACAACAUCCCCCACUUCUGGCCCAAGCUGCUGAUGAAGGUGACGGACCUGCGUAUGAUCGGGGCGUGCCACGCCAGCCGCUUCCUGCACAUGAAGGUGGAGUGUCCCACCGAGCUGUUCCCUCCUCUCUUCCUCGAGGUCUUCGAGGACCAGGAAGUCUGAGCUCUAGAAAGGAACGGCAAUUGUCUUUUUUUUUUUCUCUUUUAUGUACACACCCGACCAUCUCCGUCCUUUUACGACACCUCGACACACGUCCCGGUCCCCGGUUCAUCCGCCUUCCCACGCGUCAAACGCACCAGCAGCAUGAUGGCAGAGGCAGGACCUUCUCCGGGGCUCAUGUUCUCCUUCGAUGCAGAAAAAGGCUAUUUAUUCGACGUUUGCUUUUUACGGAGUGUUGAAACCCCUCCCACUUUAAAUUUUUCUCCGCCAGCCGAUUUACAGGUGGCCCUUCUGUCUCUGCGCUACGUCUUAGACUGAUCUACCUGAAACUGAACCUUUAGCAGCUAUGGACACAAAUACACACCUACAUACACACACACACGUCUAACCUCAAGUCAGAACACUUCAACACACACAUACAUACUGAUCUAACCUCCAGUCAGAACACUUCAACACACACACACACACACGCACUACUCUCACACCAGCUACUCAGAGCAGCUCUGUUGCACAGGGUGUGUACAGAAACAAAGCGCUUAUCCAGCGCUAGGUUCGUGUUAGCCAGUGGUCAGGCCAUUUCAGUCGUCUAAAAUCAUCCUGGUAACCACUAGUGAUGACCACCAGUGACCACCACUCUUUUUCUUUCACACACACAAACGUGCAGAUCGGCGGCGUCAUAGUCGUCAUCGUAGUAGCAGCAGUUGUAGUAGUAGUAGUAGUGUUGUAGCGCGACUCGAACAGACCUCAUUUCACUGACCGUAGUGAGCCGUGUGCAGGAUGGGAGGAAAAUUCCAGAGCGAGAUCAGGUGCUAGAUUUGAAUGAAUUUUGGGACGUUUUAAAACCAGCUUCAGAGAAUAAACGCAGACUCAGAGCCUCAGAGUCGUGUUCAGCGUUGACGAUUUCGAUUUUUUUGGCUAACGAGAUAGUUCCAUAGUUCUGGGUGUCUCAUGUUAGAGAAAUUAGAGACGUUAUUUUUUGCCUUUUUUUUGUCACGAGUCACGAGCAAAUGAUCUGAUAUGAUGCUUAAGGGAAUAAAACCCAUAAAAGACUGCACAGACCUGGUCAGGCCUGCAGUGGUUACAGUUAGUUGAUAUUUUGGGAAAUAAAAGAACCAAGUAAAUUUGUUCUAGUAAUGAAAUGAAAACCGCAUGCGUGUGAGCAGCUUGCAUUUCACAUGUUGUUGUGGUUGAGAUUAAAUAGGAAGUAAAGUGAUGUUGAGGAACCGUGAGAGCCACACUUCACGCUUCCUACUGAUGCUGCUGACGGUUCUACCUCUCAGGGUUUUCCCAGUGUUUCCGGUGGUGUAGUGGUAGGGAUCUUAUUUAAAAAAUAAAUAAAUUAUUUAAAAUCAAUAAAUAAAUAAACAAAUAAAAACUAAAUGAAUAAAUAAAAGCAACAAAUAAAUAAAUAAAUAAAUAAAUAAAUAAAUAAAUAAAUAAAUAAAUAAAUAAAUAAAUAAAUAAAAAAAAUGUAUAUAAUCUUGUUCAGGCCACGCCCAAUUUUCUUGUCUACGGGGCACUAAGCCGAUACAGAUACAGCGGCAUUGCGUGAGUAAGUCACGUGAAAACCUCAACAUUUAAAUUAAGUAGAUAAAUUAAAUUUCUGGAGGAAUCUGGACACAAUAAAAUAAAGAUGAUGUAGAAAAAAUGAAAUUCAAUAUAACAUAAUUUUUUUUUUAAUAUCUGGACUUUAUGAUUACCAUACACCAAAUUUAAAAUUAAGAAAUCUGUUUCUAGACAUUUCUACUCAUUUCUACUCAAAGUUUAAAUAUUUCUAUUCUGUUGGCAGAUUAUUUUGCUUCAGAAAUUCGUUUAAAAAUAAAGCAAAGAAAAAAGUAAAAAUUCAAGCUUGAAAUGAAUAAAGAAUGUCUAGAAACAGGUUUAAUAAAUAAUAAUAAUAAUAAUAAUAAUAAUAAUAAUAAUAAUAUGGUACAUAUAACUGUACAUAAGAUAUUUUUACUAUAUAAUUGGAUUUUUUUUUUUUUGCAAUCCAGUGAUUUCCGUUUUUGCAAAAACAAGGUCGAUUUGAUUCCGAGUGAAAGGACAUUUGAAUCGAUCGCGAACUAAACUAAUUAGUCAUGUGUCUGUUUCAUUAGCUCUCCCUGAUUAGCCUGUGAGGAACAUGUCAGAUUGUGUGUAUGAGAAAACAGCAGCGUGUUUUAGUUAAACUGGUUCCUCACCAUGAUCUCUGUGCGAAGAGAAGAUAGGCUAGGUUCAGACGUACAUGAACAUGGCACUGAUGUGUCGAGGGCGUUCUGUAUGAGUUAUAUGGUGAAAAUUUCAACCACAGAGUCAAGUGUUGCUCCGGUCGUCCGCCAGACGUUCUGGAAACAUCUGUGAAAAUCGUUUAAGAGGAAAAUUUCAUUUUUUAUAGUUAUGUGCCAUCGAAUCGAAAAACCAAUAGAUCUUGCAUUGAAAAUAUAUAUUAACCAUAACACAACCUACGCUGAAAAUAUCCACGUUGCUUGCUAGCUAGCUGACCAAACCUCAUCAUGCUCGCCUUGUUACUAUAGCAACCGACGUGAACGAAGAAAACGGGGAAUAAUUUCAGAUUUCAGGCUCGUGCAGUAACCAGGCUGAUUCCAACAGCACUGAAUAGUAUUAUGUUCCUCCCAGACCGAGCACACACACACACACACACACACACACACACCUCAGAAACCUGUAAAGCCUCAUUACUAUAAUGCACUGCAGUGCUGUUGCUCUAAAACCAUCUCCAUCAUCUCUCCUUAUCUGGGCACAGACAUCGCUCUGGGUGUGACACACACACACACACACACACACACACACACACCACACACACACACAGUGAUGAGUGUAGACAGAGCAGGCAGGUUAGCGACACGAUGGACUGGCUGUUUUAUGGUAUUGUUGUUUAAUUAUGAUGUUUUUUUUGUACCUCAGUUCGGGCACACCUCUGGCUGUGGCUCCACAACUGCCUCUGUGCUGACAGGCUCUACCUCACCUCUGAACAGAGAGCAGCUACCUCACAGCCUCCUCCUCUCACACACACACACACACACAUGCUUGAACACACUGAUGUAUUCAUGGGCAGGAACACAAAGAAAUCCCUCGAUAUUAAAAAACGAACACACUGACUCCGCUCUCCCUCAGCUCUCGCUCUCGUCCCGAAUACCACUGUAAGACAGGAGGGCCGACCAUUCCUCAUCCUCGUCCUCGACCUCAUCCUCGUCCCCAUUCCUCAUCCUCUUCUUCCUCGCUUAUUACCUUUUUUUUUUCUCAAAGCCAGGCUGAGAGGACAACAGAGGACAAGUUUGUUUUUUGUUUUUUUAAAUAAAUGAAAGAAAAAGUGGGACCAAUCGCCACAUUUGGAAAGUUUAGAAGUCCCCAUUUUCCAUUCCAUUCAAAAUGGACACCGGGAGGGAAAUCGAAACAAAAACAAAGAAAGGAAAGAGCGAGCUUUUGCUGUUGCUUUAAAAAAAGUAAGUAAAAUCAAGCAGAAAGCAGAGAACACGGGAUUUGACGAGAGAAAAAAAAGGAAGAUCCGACAGAAGCCUGGCUAAAAAAAUGUUUUAAAAAAUUUGGAAUCUUUUCGAAAAAAUUUUGAAAGUGAUGAAAGUGGGCGUGAUCAUGCUUCCUCAUGGAAUCGAUCGACAUUAAACGAUUUUCUACUUAGGAAAUAAUCAAAAUCCUAUAAUACUUUCAUUUAAUCACAUAAAUGUGGGCGGUGACUUCUACCUGAAGCCACGCCUCCUCUCAGAAUCAGUAUUAAAACUACCACCACCAUGUUUCUGCUUAAAAAAAACUAAAAAAAAAAAAAAAUCAAAUGCUCAUACUUUGUGUAACUCAUCACAUCCAGCACCACUGGAUAAACCCUUAAGUGACCAGAUCGAGCCUUGGCCACGCCCACUCACCACCGCCGAGUGAACGUGAACGUCAACCUGGAGAGCGUUUGUGAAGUGAAGAGCAAACCGGAACGGAGGCUCGUGUCGAGCCGCCCCGCUAUCAUCCGCCUCAAAGGCAAGAAAAAACCAAAUGUCCAGGAGUUACCACGGCGACAACAGCGACGUCGGUUUCCGUAUUCGGGUUCGUGUGCGUAACAGCAAAGGAAGGGGGUGAUGAAGCUGCUCUACCUUUCGAAUUUAAUUUUAUUUGAGAGACAAAAAAUUAUGGAGAAAUUCUAACGAAAAAGAAAACAAAACGACUUUCAGGACUCCAGAACAAAGUUUUAAAAAUUGGAGCUAUUUCUGUUGUUUGUUUGUUUUUUUUUCCCUUACUCUUGAUGUUUUUUGUUCGUUCGUUCGUUCGUCAGUUUUAUGGUGCUUAACUGCUAUGUAAGAAAGAAAGAAAGAAAGAAAGAAAAAGAAAAAAAAACAAAAAACAGCCGUAGUCACUUUUCUGACCAUGCGUGCAGUGUAUGUAAAAAAGAAAAAAGAAAAAAAAAAGAAAAGAAAACAACCUCAAGACAACAUGAACUUCACCUCCUUUUUCACCUCACCAAUAGGUUGUACCCAUAAUCCACCUGUCUCUCUGUCUGUCCGUGUUUCUGUCCUAAUGUCCGUCCUUUUUGUCCAGGUGAUGAAUUUACAGCAGCAGCAAAAUAUGACAACAGGAAAAAAUUAUUUUUUUUAAUGUUUUGUUUCUUUUUUUUUUAAUGAACGAAGACUCUGAAACGUAAAAAAAAACAAAAAAAAAUCAAUAAUGCAAAAGAGACUGAAAAUAUGGAGAAAAAAAAAACAAAAAAACCUGAAACACAAUCUUCUCAUACCUCACGCAACCGGAGAGAGAGGAGCGGCGAGGCACUCUGCCCAGGAGCAGGAGUGUCUGUGUACAGAGAUGUACGACGAGGUAAAAGUGCAGGAUCGUCAGAUAUUAUCUCACACACACACACACACACACACACACAAACAAGGCAUGCAAACACGCAGGUCCGAAAGCUGAUGUUGAGGAUGAGGUUUUAGCUUAGCUAGGAUGCACUCAGUGUGUGUGUGUGUGUGUGUGUGAGAUAUCGGAGAACGUGUCAUGGACUUGAAUGUAGCUGACAGAACUUGGGUUUCUCAGCGAGCCCGAGAAACCAGAACCUCACUUCAGGUCACCAGCAGAGUGGACUUUACUGUCUGGAAAAAAAAAAAAAAAACCAACAACAACAAAAACAAACUGAAAUUCUGUUGUCUAUAAAAAAAACCACCUGCAAGGUGCAAUUGUUCAAAUUUUCUCUUCUUUUUGUUUAUUUUGUACCUUGUUUUUUUUUGUUUGUUUGUUUUUAUUUUUAAUUUAGGUUUUUAUUCUGACCAUAAGCAAGGAUGUAAAUACAAAAAAAUAAGAAAAAAAAAAGAAAAGAAAAGAUUAUUUCAGUAUGUGAUGUCACGCAUAUGCAAAACACUCGUAUACUGGACGCUCGAGAGGCCAGGAACAUCAUGCAAAUAAUACCGCUGGUCAUGACGACUGAUUCUGAUUCCCACCAUCGUGUACAAAAAAAAAUUAAAAAGAUGAUUAUAUAUCUAUAUAUAUAUCUAUAUACACACACACACACACACGUAGCUCUGUAACCACUGUAUACAUCAGGAUGUGUGCUAGCAUGCACUGUUGAGGUUGAGAUCAUUAAAGAAAGAAAGAAAGAAAAGUGUCCCCCUUGUAGCCGAUCCCCGUGCCUCGUCCCCUCGCGCGGAGCCGCCGUGGACGCUUUCUGCCUAGUGUAUUGGAGUGAAUGGAUCGAUUUAUAGAAAUAUAGAAAAGAGUGGAGUGAGAUAUAAUAAUUUCUAUUCUUAGGGAAAAGAGAGAGAGAGAGAAAAGUGAAGCCUUAGUGGUGUGGCACUCAGACAGGCAUUCUUUUUCUUUGCCAAAUGUAGUUCUGAUAGUUCUGGUAGAAUUCUGAUAGAGUUCUGAUAGAAUUCUGAUAGUUCUGGUAGAAUUCUGAUAGAGUUCUGAUAGAAUUCUGAUAGUUCUCAUGGAAUUCUGAUCGAGUUCUAGUAAAGUUUUUCAUCGAGUUCUGAUGGAAUUCUGAUUGCUUGAGAAUUCUGAUAGAGUUCUGAUAGAAUUUUGAAAGAGUUCUGUUAGAAUUAUUUUAGAGUUCUGAUAGAGUUUGGUUGGAAUUCUGGUAGAGUGCUGGUAUAGUUCUGAGAAUUCUGGUAGUCUGAUAGAAUUCUGUUAGAGUUUGAUUGGAAUUCUGGAAGAGUUCUGCUAGAAUCCUGUUAGAAUCUUGUUAGAAUUUUGGUAGAAUUCUGUUCGAGUCCUGUUAGAAUCCUCUCUUUUUCCUCCUGAUAGAGAAAAAAAAAGCUUUGUAGCAAGAAUGUCUAUGCAAUGAGUUUUUCCUCGCGCUUGCAGGCUGCUCCUUUGAUUAGCUUAACCCUCACAAGCUGCUUCUGCCUGGGAUCGCUCUCGUCUGUCCGUCUUUCUAUCCAUCCAUCUGUCCGUCUCAGCUCUGAGCUUAGCUUAACAUUCGACAACCUCUUACGCUGUGUGUGUGUCUGUGUGUCUGUGUGUGUGUGUGUAAUCAGCGCUCUCAUGGCUCGGUGGUUCGCUGCUACGUAAAAACUAACCAAAAACAGCGAAGACGCUUCUGAAGGUUGGAUAGAAAACCUGCACUGCUCUUUAUAAAGAAUGGAACAACGUGUUAAACAUGUUAUGCGUCUAAACGCAGGAUUAAUUCUCUAAACUUCGCUCUGAUGAGAUUAAAGGAAUACGUUCACCUUUUGCCACCGAUAUAUAACCCGACGUUUGAGCUGAGGGAAGGCAAAGGUUUGAUAAAUCUGUAGAAAUUGGAAUACAGAUGUAAGAUAAAGGUACAAACACUAACUCCAGCUUUAACCGCGUAAAAUUCCUGAGACUCGAUCCAGUCUGCAUUAAAUAACUGUUAGAAACAGUGAAAUCUGUCAACUUUGCUUGUAAAAGGAAGAAACCGUGGCCUUGCAUUAAUUACCGUUAAUAGCGGAUAAUACCAAACAUUCAGAAAAGCAAAAAUAUUGUAAUUGUUUUUAUUUUAUUUUAUUAUUAUGUUUACUUAUUUUAUUUUAAUUUUUUUUAUUACAUAACAUUAAAUAGUUAAAAUAAUUUUAUAUAUAUUUUAUUAUUAUUAUUAUUAUUAUUAUUAUUAUUAUUAUUAUUAUUAUUAUUAUCAUUAUGUUUUUAAUAUAUUUUUAAUUCCAGAAUGUUUUUUUUUUUUACUCUGUAAAAAACUCCAAGGUCUAUAAAUCUAUAAGCCCAUAUAUUUAAUAUUUUUAUCAGCCAAGUUCAACAGCUGCACUUAGACCCCUGGUUAAAAGCGGAUUUUUAAACUAAUCGGAUUUCCGAUUCUUGAAUCGUGUUAAAGUUCGGAAAUUAUGUCAGAAAAAUGCCUCGACUCGACUCUUCGCCCUUGCCCGCAAUAAUUGCGACUUCAUCCCUUAACAACCCGAAUCAGCGAGUGCAAUAUAUUUAACCCGGCACCCUGGUCACAUGACCCUAAACGUCCGUCUGAUUUGAAGGUUGUUAGGAGAUAAUUGAAUUACUCCCGAGUGUGAAACACGCUGACCACACACUGAUGAUACACCCAGUCAUGAGAGUGUGUGUGUGUGUGUGUGAGGAGAGCAGGAUGAUGUUCAGUUGUUCAGUCAUGGUUGGAAAUGUUUGAAGAAUUCUCUCAGGUAUCUAAUAAACAGAAACUGAUAUAAACACAUUUUUAAAUAAAGGAUGGAAAAUAAAAGCCACUGCCAUUUUGUUAUCUAUACAUCAUUUCUUGGUUCUGGGAGUUGAGGCUGUGUGUGUGUGUGUGUGUGUGAUGUCUGUUUCCUUGUUCAUGGAUAAGGUUCUACACUCUUUGGGGAAAAAAAGGGUACUAAAUUGUUCAAAAUAAAUUCUACACAGCUGAUACGAGUCACGCGGAGCUCAGUGUUUAUCGGAUGGAUUUGUGUGAGUUCUGUAGUUAUCACAUGACUGACUUUACCUCUCUAAUUCAGCACUUCUUGCAGGAUCCGUUUAGAAUUCCUUCAGAACCAGACGGGAUUGUUCAGCAUUGUAGGUGGAAUUUCUUCAGGAGUGUAGUUGGAAUUCCUUUAAGAGUGAAUUCUUUCUGGAAUGUAGGUGGGAUUCCUUCAGGAGCAUAGUUGGAAUUCUUUCAGGAGCCUAGGUGGAAUUCCUUUAGGAGUGUAGGUGGAAUUCAUUCAGCAUCAUAUGGGGGAAUUCCUUCAGGAUUGUAGGUGAAAUUCCUUGAGGAACGUAGUUGAAAUUCCUUCAUGAUUGUAGGUGGAAUUCCAUUGGGAGCGUAGAAGGAACUCUUUCAGGAGUGUAGUUGGAAUUCCUCUAGGAGUGGCUCGAUUUGUUCCAGGUUCAGAUCAGAUUCCUUCAUUCUCAUAUCCUCUGUUUUUCACUCCUGUGUAUCUGAUCGGAUGAGAGCAUCUCUAAUCCUUAUCUUUUAGGAAUGAUGCUGAAACAAUUUAGUACCCAGUUUUCCUCGGAGUGUAGAAAAUGGAAAACCUGGAGUGAAAAAUGAGAUUCAAAUGAAACUAGGAGUAGAUCUGCAUGCCUUUGGAGCAGAAGUGUUCCUGUGUCUGCUGUAGCCUGCUUGAGAUUUUUGCUUCAUUCACCGUCUUUCAAACUAACCAGUCCUGUGAGUGUAUUGAGGUGUGUGUGUGUGUGUGUGUGUGUGUCGUGCUCUUCACGCGUCCUCACAGCCCCUCUCGAGGCCACCGAUCGCUGUAUAAAGCAAAGCUUUGCAAUAGAAGUAUGAAUGUAGCUGCUGAGAAUGAGGAAUGAGGAGAACGUGCUGAAGGAGAGAGACGACGUGAAUAACGUGAAUCGUGAAGGUUAUCCGAUGCCUCCGUCCGAAAAUCUAACCAAUUUCCUCGUAUUAACGAAAGAAAAUACAUUUUGUACAAACUCUCUCUCUGUGUGUGUGUGUGUGUGUGUGUCGACGUCGUCCGUGUCGUUACGUGAGUCGGAGAACCAAAGUUCAGAAAUUCAGGAGAACCUUGCUAGCUACAUUUCGUGACAGUAUUUCGCACUACACUUCAGCUUGGAUUGUGUUACGCUAACCGUUUCCAUAGAAACACAAAAGCAUUCAUGGACCAAAUACCAGUUUAUCUAGAUCCGCAGAUUCACCAUUUAUCCAGAUGCAAUUUAUUUUUAACAAAACAAAAAAUUAUCUUCAUUUUUAUUGCGCGCCCAGACAGCGAGGAAUGUACACAAACCCGGAUGCAAUGCAAGUGCGCGUGAGCUUGUUUAUGUCAGAGAUUAUUUUCGUGGAUUGCUGAAAGUAGGGAAUGGGUGUCGAGUAAUCCCGUAACGCUUUAGCUCGAAACGUUUAUGCAACCAAGCUUCCCAAUCGCACUCGCUCAGGUUCGAACUCGGGGCCUCGGAGGGUGCUGAAUUUCCCCCUUUUCCCGCUUUGUCGUUCUUCCUUUUCUUUCCUCACGCUUCGGGGGGUUGAUGCAUGAUUGUCGUCUGCGCUUCUCUGAUUGACCGAGCGGAAGAUCGGAAUACGGUGUUUGUGGAACGAUGAUUCCAAACCCUUCAGAAGCCAAAAUUUCUCGGUUCUCAGUUCUGGAAAAUACCAAUCCAGCGUUAUUCCUGAUUCUGUUCGACUUUUCCUUUUAUUUUGCAAAGCUAUGAACUCUAUAGUCCACAAAAACCAGGCUCACCCACACAAACACACACACACACUAUGAGUUAAAAACUACAGUUUUUUUUUCUUUUCCUGGUUCCUUCUGUUUUAUCCAGAUGUUCUCAUCUUUCUUUCAAACACUUUGUAGACUUUCCAACACUUUUCAACCAGUGUAUAUGUGGAUUUUCCAACCUACCAGCAUUUAACAACUACAAAACAAACAAACAAACAAACAAACACCACAUUGUAACUACCAUGUAACUACUACUUCGACUAAUACGAGUCUUCUACUACUGCUGAUUUAUUUCUUCUUCUCCUUUUCUGCUGUUUUUUAUUUUUAGUUUCUUUCGGUUCACUCCUCAAUCCCAAGUUUCACUGUGAUCGCUGAGGCGGCUGGGAAACGAAGAUGUUGUACUUCACAGUCACUCAGGGGUCCUGACCUAUCGCAAGGCUGGGGGGGGUCAGGGUCAGGGUCAGCUUGUAGGUGAUUUUUCCAAUAAGAAAAAGCAUUUCGGAUACCGAUCCUAGCAAACUCAAGUGAACUGUGAUACGAUUAAGGGCGCAUAAUAUAAAUAGGACACAGCCAUCAAAUAAGGUUUCGGGUGAAAGAAAUGCGAUCCAGCCGGAGCAUCCGAACGUGUCGAGUCAAUCAGACUUCAGGGCGCUUCUCAGUCCAGUAACAGUAUUUUCAGAUCUGUAAUUAGGCAACACACAGGAUGUCUAUAUGCAAGGCAAGCGCUGGGUAAAACACACACACACAGAGAAAAACACAA